UUGAUGCUACACAAUCAUAUUAUGGGAUCAUUCAAGAAAUAUGGGAGCUCGAUUAUUGUGACUUCACUAUGCCUAUUUUUCGAUGCAAGUGGGCGGAUAAUAGACGUGGUUUGCAAAAGGAUGAGUGCGGUUUUACUCUGGUCGAUAUGAGUCGUCUGCGUGACACUGAAGAACCUUUUAUCCUCGCAUCGCAAGCAAAACAAGUGUUCUAUGUAUCUGAUCCUGUAGACACUCAGUGGUGCAUUGUUGUUAAUGGUAAAAGGCGAAUUUUAGGAGUGGGUGAUGUUGACGACGAAGAAGAAUAUGAUAAGUUUAUGACAUCCCCCCUUUCUCAAUCCCAAAUGACGAUAUGAUGAAUGUGAUUGAUACUGAAAAUAGUUACAUGCGAAUGGAUCACCAAGAAGGUAUAACAGUCAUUGAGCAACCUAUUGACCAAAAUUAAAGAUAUGGCUAGUGACGAUUCGAGCGAUCAUUCAUCGGAUUCUGAUGCCCCUUUUCACCCAGAAAAGGAGCCUGACUAGGGAGAGGCCAGUGACCGUGAUGCAGAUGCGUUAGAUGAGUGGAUGGAGAGAUUUGAGUUAGAGGCUGAUAGGAAUGCUUUACUUGGCAUUGAGGUGACAGGUGAUGGGCAGCCACCCCCGUCAGGUUCAGGUCAGACCACUACAUAUUAUGGUGCACAGGGGAGCGGGAAGAAGUCAAGUGGGAAUCCAAAGGCAACACGAAAGAGUAAACGAGGUCCCACGAUGAAUCUCCACAACACAGGAGAUAUGGUCUUAGAGUUCGAUGAUUUAGGAAGACCAACAGGUCCAUGGCGAGCCAAGUAUGGUGUUUGGAUCGGUCUUUCUAUACGGAAGCUGAACAUCAACUGGUCAUGGAGACACAUUUCUCCUACCUUGUUGAAUGUGAUGUGGACAGACACUAUGAUGCAGGGAUUUUAAGAGCAAAUUGGUAUCUGGUUGGAUAACAAUGACGAGAGUUAGAUCAAAGAAAGAGAAGUUAGGUGAUAGUCCGCCAGACGUAUACAAGCACUUCAAGAAGGAGGAUUGGGC